CCUUAAGGCGGCCAUGUUGGACACGCCUUAAUCCAGUUCAUUCGGCCUAUGUGAUUUUGGCUUUUCAAGCAGGCCAUGCGCGCCGAAUAUGGCCGAUUUGAAACGAGCGCCUUUGACAGUGGCGUUUUCAAUUUGCGUUAUUCAUAAAAUCAGUUUUAAGUUACAAAUUUAAACGUAUUUCGCAGUGACUCGAAAUGGCCGCAAAGUUGGAAAAGCCAGUUCAAGAGCUUUGCGAAGAAAUUCGAGAAGAUGGCAGCGAUACCAGAACCGAAGAGUCUUUGGGGCAUAUUGAAGAAGAAGAUAUCACGUUCUUCGAUGUUGAUUUGCUUGUAGAGCACGGCAUUGCGUUGGAUGAUAUCAAGCAACUGAAGAAAUCGGGCAUUAACACAGUUAAAGGCAUUCAAAUGUGCACCAGAAAAAAACUGUCGACUCUCAAAGGAUUCAGUGAGGAGAAGGUGAAUAAAAUCAAAGACGCCUGCGGAAAAAUCUGUCCCGUUAGUACAGCCGGUUGUUUCCUGACUGGACUUGAAGUAUGCGAGCAACGCAAGCAGCUUUUCACCCUGACGACUGGCAGCAAAAAUAUCGACAAAAUUAUUGGAGGAGGAGUUGAGUCGAUGUCAAUCACCGAAGUGUUUGGGGAGGCGCGUACUGGAAAAACUCAACUGGCUCACACGCUUUGCGUUACCGCUCAACUACCAACCGAUACUGGGUAUACUGGCGGGAAAGUCAUGUACAUUGAUACUGAACGCACCUUCCGGCCGGACAGGAUUAAACCAAUCGCAGACCGAUUUGAAUUGGAUUCCAACGCUGUAUUGGACAACAUUUUAUACGCCCGCGCGUAUAACUCUGAGCAUCAAUACGAGCUUUUAAACAGUGUAUCCGAUAAGUUCCAUGAAGAGCCCGGUAUGUUCAAACUCCUGAUCAUCGACUCGAUAAUGGCUUUGUUCAGGGUGGACUUCACUGGAUCCGCAGAGAUGACCGAAAGGCAGUCAAAACUAGGGCUUAUGCUGUCGAAACUGCAGAAAAUUAGCGAAGAAUAUAACGUUGCGGUAUUUCUGACUAAUCAAAUAACCACUGAUCUCCAAUACAGUCUAAUCAACGACUUAGACAUCAAGCCAGUAGGUGGUAAUAUUUUGGCGCAUUCUUCUACUACGAGAAUUGCGCUGAGAAAAGCUAAAGGCAAUGUGCGAAUAGCCAGAUUGUUUGAUAGUCCUAAACUAGAAGAGCAAGAAGUGGAAUUUGUCAUUAGAAACGGCGGGGUCUCCGACCCUGAAAAAACUGAGUAGAAUUCGCCAAAUAUGUGUAUUCUUACGUAUUUUAAUCUUUCAAUUCGUAGAGAACCAGGAGGUAAAACACAUGUUCAACAUAAGUAGGCAGUAGUAAAGUAAAAUAAUUUACAAAAACAUUUAUUUGAAUAUUUAACAAUAAAAAGAGUACAAUAUA